CCUGAAGUACGUUCAAUAAUUGAUAGUGAGAAGAAUCGUCAGUUUAACAGCUUGGAGCUCAUUGCUUCAGAGAAUUUUACAUCUCGCGCAGUGAUGGAAGCUGUGGGUUCUUGUCUCACAAACAAGUAUUCAGAAAGGCUUCAUGGUAAAAGGUACUAUGGUGGCAAUGAGUACAUUGAUGAGCUAGAGACACUUUGUCAACAAAGGGCUUUGGCUGCAUUUCACUUAGACCCAAAGAAAUUGGGAGUUAAUAUCCAACCUCUGUCUGGUUCUCCUGCUAACUUUGAAGUUUACACUGCACUUCUCAACCCACAUGACCGUAUUAUGGGUCUGGAUCUUCCUCAUGGAGGUCACUUGUCACAUGGAUUUAUGACUCCUAAAAGACGGGUAUCUGGGACUUCGAUUUAUUUUGAAUCGAUGCCCUACCGUCUUGAUGAAUCAACAGGCCUUAUUGAUUAUGAUAUGCUUGAGAAAACUGCCACCCUCUUUCGACCAAAACUCAUCAUUGUUGGUGCUAGUGCUUAUCCUCGUGAUUUCGAUUAUCCUCGAAUGAGAAAGAUUGCAGAUUCUGUUGGGGCUUUUCUCAUGAUGGAUAUGGCUCACAUAAGUGGUCUCGUUGUUGCAUAUGUACUUGCUGACCCAUUUGAAUACUGUGAUGUUGUAACAACCACCACUCACAAGUCAUUACGAGGUCCCAGAGGUGGCAUGAUUUUCUUCAAGAAAGAUCCUGUUCUUUGGGUUGAUAUGGAAUAUGCGAUUAACAAUGUUGUUUUCCCAGGGUUACAGUACUGGAAUUGGAUAUGGAGAUUAUCUGGAGCUGCAGUUCAGAACUUAUUGCUAUUUAAUAAUUGGCUUGAUGGUUGCAAAGAUAUUUUCGAAGCAAUGCAUCAACUAGUUACGACACCUUCAGCUUUGAACAUCAUGGAACUAUUACUUGUUACUUCCACUGACAGAAAUAUAUUAGACGGUUCCCAAGCAUCAUGUAAGGUACUGAACAACAGUCUUUUUGAUGUACCUCUGCAGUGA